CAUAUCGAUACUGAAAGGUAUUUGAAGUAUUUCCAAAGUACCGUUCAUGGCUUGCCUGGACAGUAGUUUUUUUUUUUGUUUUUUGAACAAGUGGGCAGCCUGUCUGACAUUUUGGGCAAUCGUGGAAAAUAUGGAGAACGCUUUGUUUGCGAAUGUUAAGAAGCUUUACGAUCACAAGCUUUACGAAUGCGUGAUUCCAUUGGCUAAACUGCUGAAAACUGUGCUAAAGAAUGAUCGGAACGUGGCCACUUUGGAGCUGGAGUACCAAGUGCAACUCUACCUACUGGCUUCCCAGUACAAAGAACAUCAACAUCGCGAAGCUUUGGGUAAUUUCGAGGAUGUUAUCCACCAGCGUCGCUUAAUGGUACGCCACAAGAACGCCUGUUUGGUGGCCAUCGAAAGUGCCUAUCCCGAAUUCGGAGACGUGGAGCUGCGUCGCCUGGCCGCCGAAUGUUAUCGUGAGAUUGGUGAUCACGGUUUGGCCGCAUCCAUCUUGCUUCAAGUGCCCGUAAAGUCACGCACUCCGAGGAUAAACCUGAUGCUGGCCAGACUGCAACAUUACGGCAGCGGAACGCAGUGCACCAACAAGGCAGAGGCCUUGCUCGCCUACAAGGAGGUACUCCGUGAAUGCCCCAUGGCGCUUCAGGUUAUUCAAGCCCUUUUGGAAUUAGAAGUCGAUGGCAACGAGGUCAAUUCCUUGGUUAUGCAUGCCGCCACUGUGCCCGGUAGCAUUGACUGGCUGAGCACAUGGAUCAAGGCUCUGGCCCAGAUCUUCGACUGCAAGCACCUCGCUGCUUCUCAGACAUUUCAGAAGCUCCAGAACACCACUUCCUUGCGAUGCAAUGAGCAGUUAAUGAUGGAGCUGGGAAGGUGUUUCUACUACCACGGUAACUACACGCAGGCUGAGCAGUACUUCUCGGCGACGGUUAUUAGCAAUCCGGAUAACGUGGAGGCCAUUGGCUUACUGGCCAUUGUCCGUGGUCUGAAUACCGGUGAUAAUAGUGCCGAUAUGGAUCAACUAUAUGCCCAGGUCACUGCGGAACCCAAGUAUACUCCAAGCCAUUGGUUCGUCCAUGCCCAGUCGAUGUAUGAUUCGGGCAAAUUUGAACGGAGCUUGAGUUUCGUGAAUCAAUGUCUGAACUCAGAGCCUCGUCACCAGGAGGCUUUACUACUGCGUGCCCGACUCCUCAUAUCGCUGGAGCGGCACAAGGAGGCCGCCGAGGCCUAUCAGAAGGCCCAAAGUGUCGUACCUUAUCGAUUCGAGGUCUACAGAGGCCUCUUUCAGAGCUAUUUGGCCCAAAAGCGUUUCAAGGAGGCCCACGAUAUAUGCAACUGGACACUUCGCAUUUUCCGGAACUCCCCUAGAGGCCUAACGAUGUUUGGCUGCACCCUCUUCCAUUCCCCGGAUCCGAAUGUUAAGAAAACUGCUCGCAAGUUUGCCGAAAAGGCACUGAAAAUCGAUCCCAACUUCUCGGCGGCGGUCUCUUUAAUGGCCGAAAUCUGUGAAUACGAGGGUGCCCCGAAGACGUCCAUUAAGCUACUGGAGGAUCACGUCUCCUUCUUUCCGCUGGCCAGUCUGUUCACCCAUCUCGGUGAUAUAUUGCGCAGCCAAAAGGAACCCAUCAGGGCUCUGGAGUAUUAUUAUAAGGCUUUGCGUAAGGAUCCCAAAUGCCAGCGCACUUUGCGGGGUAUUAGUUUAUUAAAGAGCUCAUACUCUGUCCUUGACACCUCUGCCUUGGAAGAUAGUUCCGCCAACAAGGUGAAUAACCAGUUGACCACCAAUGGACUGGCCACACCCUGUGGAACAACUAAUCUGGAUGAGUCUCACUCUCGGGAGGCAUCCUCCUCGCCGGCCGCGAGAUCAGGUCAGGAUGGUGAGGGCUCUGUUUGGCACGAUGUCGAUGCUGAUAUGGCUGACAUCAAUUAUGAUGGACAUUAGGUAAAUCCUUUGAAAAAGAAACCAAGUUGCUUAUGAAGAAGUUUUAAACUAAGUAUUUAUUCAGUUUUGUUCCCAUUUUAAACACUUGUUGAACAAGUCUUAUGAAUGUAUUGUACGGAAAAUUUAAAUAAAUGUAAAAGAAUGUAACCUCA